AGAUGCCAUUGGCUGUGGGAAUAGGCAGUAGGCGCUGUGCUGCUGUGUGAGCGAGUUAUACAGCAUUCCUGAUAUAUGCAGACCAUUCAUCCACUCAGCCCAGCAGAAGAGAAGGAUCGGCUGAUUAGACUACAGGCAAAAGACGAGUGUUGAUCACAUCAUCUAAUUAGUUGAGGUAGCCUACUGUAGUGUAUGAUCUGUGGUCUAGAUAAACAACAUGCAUUAAGUGACGAAGGGUCUGGAAAUAGUUUAAUUUAAUUAAAGACGAGUUUCCCAUUUCCAUUCGUCUUGGAGACAUUUCCAAUUCCCUCUUUUCUCUGAUGCCGAUAGUCGCUGACCAGUCGGACCGCGGCUGCUAGGCGCCUUAUAUCUGUCAACACAAACAAGGGAGGGUCACGUGAAGCGAUAGUCUCACCAACCCUUGGUUAGAAACCUUGCAGUUGGCAUUCUCGAGCUGACUGCGUGCCACCGCCGCCCAGCUGUGUCUCACAUGGUUCUGCUCCGCCACAUCUCCAUCGCGCUGACCGCGGCGGUGGCCGCGUUUGGGUCAGCGCUGUUUAUCGUCCUGAGUCAUAUUUUCAAGAGGCAAGUAUGGACACCAGAAACGAAGUACUACGCGAUUCACGAGGAGGAGGAGGAGCGACGGGAGAAGCAGGUGCUGGUGCUGGGUCUGGACGGGGCAGGGAAGAGCAGUGUGCUGCAGGGCCUGUCCACCUCCGCUGCUCUCCCUGCACAGCGCUGCAAGCCCACGCGCGGAUUCAACUUCCUGCGCCUCAGCACGCCCGGCUGCCAGCUGGACUUCCUGGAGAUUGGAGGUGCUGAAGACCUGCGUGUGUACUGGGCAGAUUACCUGCGGCGCACGCACAUGCUGGUGUACGUGGUGGACUCGGCUGACCGCAGGAGGCUGCCCCAGGCCAGGAGUGAGCUGCACCGACUACUCAAAGCUGACGCCAGACUGCCCGUCGUGGUGCUGGGCAACAAGCAGGAUAAACCAGGUGCGGUCAGCAUGCCUGACCUGUACGAUGCCCUUUCGCUGGCCAGCGUGAGCGACGCCCGGCAGGUGCUGCUGAUGCCAGCCCAGACUGGCACUAACGGGCAGAGUGGCCACCACGGCCUGCAGAGCUUCCAGGACAUGCUGCUCAAGCUCUGAGAACAGCACGAGCGCACACACACACACACACACACACACACACACACACACACAGCCAUAGUAGCAGUAGCCUCCUGGACUGCAGAGUAGCGGCAGAUUCAGGAUAAAGACGCACAAGUCCGCUCAGUGCUCAGUGUUUAUAAACAUUAAACCGUGCAGGGUCAGAGGUCAGAGAAGUGGCUUUGUUUGUAGCCGUAGCAGCCACAUCUGAGUAGCACACUCUGUAUAUAAGGCCCACCUCCCCAGGACACAGAGCAACACAGCGUCUCUUCUAGACUCAGAUGCUGUUUUUAUCUUUGUAAAUUUUGACCUUAUGUUUUGUAGAUUAUUGUACAGACUAAGCUGACGUUGUUCUCUGACUAGAGCUUAUCUAGAGCAUGAUCGUCUGCUGAGAGCUUUCACUAGUGUGUCCAUGACAGCUUCAGGUUUUUAACGCAGCCAGUUUUACUGCAGUAUUUGUCCCCUGACUGGGCACAGAGGCUACUGGUCCAAGCCCACCUCGGACCUGCCCCUUUCUUGCUGGCAUGGCUAAAGCUAAGGUGACACAAAGGACGAGAAGGCCGCGUUUGUUCCAGGCCGUGUCUCACUUUCACUGCGCUAGCCAGAACUGACCCAAGAGUGAGCGGCCACACUGACAGGUCGGGUUUGCUUUUCAGAGGUAGCCAUUCUUCAUGUGACAUGUUUAAGUUGCUAUCUCUGCCCUUACGCAACAGUGCAGGACAGAAGGCCUCUUUGUCAGGCUGUUGUUGUUAAGUGUUCAAGAAUGACAGUGAGCAGCCCAGGGCAGUGUUCCGCUCACCGCUCUCACACACGUUCUACGUUCUCUUCUGUCCAGGAGAAUGUUCUUGGCAAACGUGUGCUUUGUUUUGCAGUAAUACGUUCAAAUUUUAUUCAUGAUAUUAUUUUUGCAAAUAAUAUUUGUUACUUAAAAUGUAGGCAACAGGGUGGGUGAGGACUUGUUUAAGACUUGUUUUUUAUGUUCAUUGCCUCUGUAAGUAUCCAUUGUGAUAGUGAAUUACUAUUAUGAAAUAUGAUUAAGUACAUUUUAGGUGCCAAUUUCCUCAAACUGAUAUAACCCAUUACUUUUGUAAGCCUAUGGAGUUUAGCAAGGUGCUCAUUUUAUUGUAAAAUA